UAAAAAGUGGAGGCCCAACACAAAAACACGUCAACUUGUGCUCGUCCAGUCAUGAAGACAGUCUUGGUGUCCACCAUGAUGAUGAUGGUGGUGGUGGUGGUGAUGAUGAUGAUGAUGUGCGUUUCAGCUCCUCCAUCUUGCGGUCUGCUUGGACAGCCUGGAUGUCCCGUGAAGGUUAAUAAGACAUUUGCUGACUCAGCACGCAUUUUCACGUCAAAGUUUCCAUCCCACGAGACGUCAAAGAUUAAGACCAAGAUGUCAAAGUUUGCGACCAACGAGACGUCAAUGUAUCCAUUCAUCGAGACGUCAACAUUUACAUUAAAUGAAACGUCAAAGAUUAAGACCAAGAGGUCAAAGUUUGCGUCCAACGAGACGUCAAAGUAUCCAUCCAUCGAGACGUCAAAAUUUACAUUAAAUGAGACGUCAAAGAUUAAGACCAAGAUUUCAAAGUUUGCGUCCAACGAGACGUCAACGUAUCCAUCCAUCGAGACGUCAACAUUUACAUUAAAUAAGACGUCAAAGAUUACGACCAAAAUGUCAGACGGUACGACCCAGACAUCAAAGUUUGUAUCCAACGACACGUCAAAGUUUUCGUCCAAAGAGACACCAACGUUUCAGACCAAUAGGACGCCAAGGUUUCCAUCAAAUGAGACAUCAAAGUUUACGCCAACGUUUCCGUCCAAGUUUGUGACGAAGUCUUCAACGUUUCCAACCGAAGAGAUGUUAAAGUCCAAAGAGACUUCAAAGUUUACGUCUGACGAGACAUCAAAAUUUACGACCAACAAGAUGUCGAAGUUUAUGUCCAACGAGACUUCAAAGUUUACGUCCAACAAGACGUCAAAGUUUCCGACGAAUGAGACGUCAAAGUUGCAGUCAAGCGAGAUGUCUAAGUUUCCGUCCAACGAGACAUCAAAGUUUACAACCAACGAGACAUUAAAGUUUACAACCAACGAGACAUCAAAGUUUACAAUCAAUGAGACAUCAAAGUUUACAAUCAACGAGACAUCAAAGUUUACAAUCAACGAGACAUCAAAGUUUACAAUCAACGAGACAUCAAAGUUUACAACAUACGAGACAUCAGAGAUUCAGUCUGAGACGCCCCCGAACAUUUUUAGAAGAUUGCCGCCCAGUAACUGUCCACUGCCCACCUGUGCCACCUCAAACCUCGGGUCCUCCCUACAACACGGGGACGAGACGGCGGGCAAAUCCACGGGCGACCCGGAAGGCUUCGGAAAGAAACGAUAACGAGCUUGCUCAUCCUCCUCAUCUAAGCCCCCCCUCGUUAUAAAACAAAAAACUCAUAUGUGUUGUCAUGACAACGCUGUUUAUGUCGUCUUCAGGAGUGCCUUCAUUACUGGCAUGAUGUUUAUGUGUGUGUGUGUGUGUGUGUGUGUGUGUGUGUGUGUGUGUGUGUGUGUGUGUGUGUGUGUGUGUGUGUGUGUGUGUGUGUGAGUGGGUGUGUGUGUGAAAUUCAAAGUUGUUUUUUUCGCCAGUUGAUGCUAAGAUAAAGAUUCAUCUGAGUGUCAGUGCCAGCUGGUGUUUAAGUGUUUAUUCACCACCAACAUGUAGACUUAGACUUCAACUUCCUUCAUUGUCAUUCAAAUUUGAACUUUACAGUACAGAUAAGAACAACAUUUUUUUCCAUAUAAAUGUGUGUAUUUUGCUCUUUUUUUUUUUUACAUAUAUCAUAAUAAUGUGUGUGCAUUUUAUUAUUUUUUAUACAUACAAUAUGUACUUUUAUGGUAAACAUUUUUGUUAUAGUGUCUGUCAUUGGACAUUGCUAUUAAAA